UCGUUGCUAAGUGAAACAUCUAAUACAAAUUCCAUCGGAUACAUAAAUAAAUUGUAGAUGAUUGUUCAAUGUGUGUGUACUGUAUCUAACAAAAAAUGUUUGUGGAAAAAUAUAUUCAGUUAUUGAAAAUUUAUUAAAGAUAAAAGUAAAGAAAGAAUGCUUGAAAGCCAGUAACAAGGAAUAAAUGCAUGUAGGUAGAAACAUGCAAUAUGGAGUUGGUGUGGAAACAUAGUGUUUUUAUUUAUGAAAUUCAUAAAUAGACAAUUCAGUGUAACUGUUUUUAAAUCAAUUUGGAUAAUGAGUAACCUGUACCAAUAGUGGAUUAUCGCAAAUCGAAAUUCAAGGAAAUAUUUACAAAAUAAUGUUGGAUUUGAAAAGAAUUAUUGUUCUUUGCCUCCCAUCUUUAUUAUUUGCUGCAACAAUGGAACCAGAUCACAGAUCAAUAUUAGCUAAUACCGAUUGGAAAAAACUAUGGAUGGAAACAGGACAAUUAAUGAAUAGAAUAGAUAAUAAUAUCGACAGUAGUGAUAGCUCGUUACCUGAAGAAUCAGAGAUAACGUCUCAAAACCUAACAGUACAGUUGGGUGGAACUGGUUUUUUAGUGUGUAAGGUUCCUGGAGUUGAUAGAGUAGGUGUAAAUUGGAAUCAAAUAUCCUGGAUCAGGAGAAGAGACUGGCACAUUUUAUCAUCAGGUGCUCAACUGUAUACAAACGAUGAGCGAUUUGGCAUCAUACAUACGCCAGGUUCUAACACAUGGACACUUCAAAUAAAAUUUGUCCAAAGGAGAGACAAUGGGCUUUACGAAUGUCAGGUGUCGACAUCGACAGGCGUAAUAUCUCAUUUUGUAAACCUCCAAGUUGUCGUGCCCGAAGCUUUUAUUUUAGGAUCAGGCGAGCUUCAUGUAGAUAUGGGAUCAGCGAUUAAUUUAGUGUGCAUUAUAGAAAAGAGUCCACAACCACCACAAUAUAUUUAUUGGCAACGUAAUGAUAGGAUGGUAAACUACGACGAUAACAGGAGAGAUGUUUCAAUUGAAACAAUCCCAGGACCACGCACGCAGAGCCGUUUAAUAAUAAAAGAACCUCAAAUAAGCGAUUCGGGAAAUUACACAUGUCGUGCAUCCAAUACCGAACCCGCAAGCAUUUAUGUUUACGUAUCGAAAGGUUAUGGUAGUAUGAGAAAGUAAUCACGAGUUGAUGGCAUUUGAUCUUUUUCUUGAUUUAAAGAUAUUGCUUCAAAGUGAAAAAGUCUCGAAUGAACAUAAAUAUUUAGAUUUAUAGAUGAAAUAAGGAUUCUACCAAAAUUGCAGAAUUUCUACGAACACAAUUUGUUGGAAAAUCAUCUCAUAAUAUUUAAACGAAUGACUUUAAAAAUAUGAUCAAGAAUUUAGAUGGAAUUGAAAGGAAUAAGAAGAAAGGAAAUUUGUACAUAGAUAAACAUGUAAAGUUAAUGAAAAAAAUUAUGUUUUGAAAAGUAUAAUUUUAUUACAUGCUGAACUUAUGUGGAGGAUAUAGAAAUCGUUAUUCAAUUGAAUUAAAUUUUAAGAAGAGUUUAAAGUUGUGUAAAUAUAGAAGAAAUAAGACAUUAAUAUAUAAAUAAGCUCAAACGACAUUAUAAGUAUAACUCAAGGUUGAGUAUUGUUUCCAUUCAUCAUCACAAAAAUUUCUCCCGCACAGUAAAGCCAAGAAAAAAAAUUGAGAGAGGAAAUUUCGAAUCGGUACUUCUUGGUACAAAGUUUCAUUCAAGUUUACUGUUGUGUGAACGUGUUAAAUCAAUGGAAAUUGUAGAAUAUCGAUUGGAAGAAAAUUUCUCUGUGAAAAAUAUAGAAAUUAAAUCAAUGUCACAGACGAAAAAGUUUUCAUAAGCGGUUAAAGGAAGUUGAAAAAUACUUAGUUAUGAUUUUCCGUACAUUUCCAGAAGUAAAAAGAAUUUAUUGAGUUAAAAUAUGAAGUAGUCACGGAAACGACAAAUAUAUGAACUUUAAUGUGGAAAAUAUUGCAUUUUAUUCCAAUUCAGAAUUAGAAAUGGCAAUGCGAAAUCAAAAUUUUAUUUCAAUUUAAAGAAAAAUUAUUUGGUAUUAUUCAUCUUAUAAUUUUCCUUAUUGUAAAUAGAUAUUAAGUUUUUUAAGAGAACACAAAACAGAGAAGAAAAAAACCAAUAAACAAAGCCAAUCAAAACUGAAUGAUAUAAAAGAAAGUUUUUCAAUUUGAGAACAGAGGAACUUUUUC